AUGUCUAACAGACUUUAUUCUGUAACCGUCCUAGAGUCGAUUCGUGGGUGUCGUAACGUAUAUGACCUAGGGCUAGAUAGAACUGCAUUUUUGACUACAAAAGGUUCCUUAACCACUUAUGGAGAUGGGCUUAAGAAUAAACAACUUGUAUUCAUAAUAUCAUCGGUCGAAGGUCAAAAAGGUAUAGCCGAGAGCGACCUCAUAGAGGGUAUACUAGGUUUGCAACCUCACUACGGUGCCGGAUUAAUAUGGGAAUUUCUUACCUUCUGGGCAAAAUUAGCACCUGCUCUCCCGAGGCCUGUAUUUGUCGCCGACCUUAAAUUCAAUGGUAUAGGAGAAUAUACAUUUAGAACCAUCCCUUCCAGACCUGAAGACCUUCCAUCUAACAUUGUGCAGGCCUAUUACUCGAUAGUGCUAGGUUACAUUUACCAAGAUGGACUUUAUCUCAUUUCGCAGCGUCGAAUGCUUCCUGAUCUUUAUUUGUAUAUUAGGGAAAGAAAUUACGAAGUUAAAAUCCUCAGUGCAUUCUCUAAGCCUCAAGGACUGAUUGAUGAUAAGUAUUAUCCGGGAAGGCUCGAAGAAAGUUCGGAACCACAUAGUGCUCUUCUGGGACACCCAUUCUUCUUCGCUGCAAAUAUGAUUUUAAAAGGCAAUGAUAGCCUCUUGGUUGGAUUAGUGGAGACUUUUCGUGAGAGUAAUAGUUGCAUUCAAGACGGCUCUUUCUGUUGCCUGCAAUAA